CGUUACAGCAGUGAUUGGCAUUUACAGAUUUAGCCUGCAGUCAAAUGAGUGCGGAUUUGGUAAUGCUGUAAUGGAAACAAAUGUUUAAUUAUAAACUGAUGCAAUAGUUACCGAAAAGAUGACAACUUGUAUGUGCUGUCCUGCUUUUCGUCCUCGUUACAAAAGGCUUGUUGAUAAUAUAUUCCCAACUACGCAUGAUGGAGGACUUGUUCGUAGUGAAAUGGAAAAAUUGACUUACUAUGCAGUUUCGGCUCCUGAAAAACUUGAUAGAAUAGGAGAAUAUCUUGCCCACAGACUAACAAGAAGCAUCAGCCGCAAACGAGAUGCAUCUGUUUUCAUAGCAAUGGAAGCUCUUGAUCAACUUCUUUUAGCUUGUCAUGCUCAGCAGAUUAACUCCUUUGUUGAAAGCUUUUUAAGAAUGGUUGCCAAUCUUCUAGAAUCUGACAACCUUGAUUUCCAAGCAGUCGGAACAAAUUCUUUCAUCAAAUUUUCUAUGAUAGAAGAGGAUACUGCAUCUUAUUACAGACGCUAUGACUUUUUUGUAUCAAAAUUCAGUGCAAUGUGUCAUUCUAACUUAGAUAAUAUGAGAGAUAGAAAAAAGAUACAAAGCCAUGGCGUUCGCGGUAUUCAUGGUGUGAUUCGAAAAACUGUAGCAGAUGAGCUUCAAGUCAAUAUAUGGCAAAAACAACACAUGGACAAAAUUGUGCCAUCAUUACUUUAUGUAAUGAUGCAAGAACAGACACAAGAACCAAGUCCUGGGAGACGAGAAUCUUUUGCACACAAUAAAGACACAGUAGAAAAUAUUGGCAUCAAUGCCGGAGAUUGCUUACGAGAGCUGUUAUCAAGAGCAGCAUAUGGUAAUGUCGGCUCUGCUCUACGUCCAGCCCUUGCUCAUCUCGAUGCCCACAAAAAGUGGAAUCCAGUGAAUACAUUUGCAAUCAAAUGUUUCAAGGUGUUCAUGUUUGCGAUUCAAGCUCAAUAUACUCACGUCAUUGUAAAAAUGCUGCUUGACCAUUUGGAUGAUCAAGAUAUUGAUCAAGGAAAAUUGAAAGCGAGUAUGCUAGAGGUUCUUUGUGCUGUAGUUGUUAUUCCAUCUUCAUCACCUAUAGGGCCAGCAGUAGUUGAAGUUUUCAGUCAACUUUCGCGCCAUCUCAGAUAUUCAAUUGAAAGUAAAAAUCACAAGGAGCAAGAAAUUUUUCAAAAGGCUUUUAUAAACACUAUUGGGGUUUUAUGCAAUGUUCUACCAGACUUUCAAAAGUUAGAAGCUAUGGUGUUUUUUGUAACCAAAGCAAAAGAGAUUAUAAAUAAAAACUUACACAUUCCGGAUUCCAGUGACAAGAAGCAUCAACGACUGCUGAAUUUAACCCUAAAAAGUUUAUAUCGGAUCACCGAAAACUAUAAAAGUAAAAAUCUGUCGGGCCUCAGCUCAAGUUUACUGGACCCACUCAUUAAAGUGUCAACUGCUUCAUCACCCAGUAAUAGAUUGAUUAUACAAAAUGUUCUUAUACGUUUACUCGAUAGAGAAAAGAAUUCUGAUUCGUUAAUUGUUUCUAAUUCAAUUUCUGGUGUGGAAAAUAUGAACCUAAAUAUCACAGAAGUAGGAGUGACAGAUACAGACUUCAUAGAACGAAAAGUUCCCACUUUGCUGCAAUAUAUAUUUGAAAGCUCUUGUCAAUAUGAUAACAUCACAGCAAACUAUGUGGCUUUAUACAAAUGUGCUAGUAUGAUAUGUAUUAGCCUUUCUUCACCUGAUAUUCUUGUUGAUGCAUGUCGAGUCAUGCUCGCUUUGCAAAAUGAAGCGGUGGGCUCACAUCCAAGUAUGGAAGAACAAGAAAUGGAUGGAAAAAACAAAACAUUACUACUAAAUAUGAUAUCAGCAAGCAUGUGUGUUUUUGCAUUUUCAUCGAAAGUUUCUGGAUUUGUGAAAUAUGUAACUAGUGUAAUGCAGGCACGGCUGAAGGAUGACAAACUAGAAUAUUUAGAUCCAUGUUUCACAUUCAAUGAAGAAGGUGACAUUAUCCCACUGCCUGCAAAUAUCAAUGAUAAUUUGCUGUUUUCAGCAAAGGCAAUCCAAGCAUCUCUAAAUGAUUCAAGCAUGUACAAAUCGGAAAGACUGGCACAAACUUUUAUCCCAACAUACCCAGGUGAAGCUGAAAGUGUUCAAUUAAAAAAGAGCUUUGUUGAUGCAGACUCUGUUAGAAUUGAAAUUCCUGGGCCAGCUGAUGAUCAACCAGAUUCAGAUGAUGGUAGAGUGACAUCCAAAAUGAUAACUUUUGAUUAUCUGAAAAGAAAACUAAUGGAGCCAGCACCAUCACCCUCUGAUGUGGAAGAGGCUAGACGGAAAGCAGCACACCAUAUUAUGACAUCCACCUUUGAGCAGUUGGUUUCUGAAGUGCAAUCAAAGACCCCAUCGAGUCAACAUCUUAUUGAUCUGAUUAACAAGAGCUGCUCUUCACAAAAUGAAAAUAACAUUACUAUGCUGCCCUAUGCCAUGCCGGAAGAUUGUAGACCUGGGUCUAAUAAUCUAGUUUUUCCUUCCAUAUGUGUGUUGUAAAUUGGGUGCUACAGAAGUAUGUGUACCAAUAUGGAAGUAACUAAUUUUGUACGCCUAUUUCACGUCAACUUGUGUAAAGGGACUGAAACCUAUGGGCAGUCAGACAUUCUUGCGAUAGAACUAAAAUAAGAAUAAAAUUAUGGCCUAACCUGGUACACAUACUACGGGAGUACUGUAAAUUGUAAUAUGUCAUCACAAACUUGCAGGACUGAGAGAUUGUAAAGAUGAAAUAUAUAACUGCACAUAUUCCAUUAAAACUUGUCAGACUGAACAUAUUUAUAUAAAAUUCCUGGCUCUGUCACUGUGUCGCAUUUUAAAUCAGGAAACUUUGAUUGCUCUUAGGCUUUAGUAUAAACUACCAGCACAAUUUAAUAUAAAUUUGUUGAUUUGUGUUUAAUAACAAAACUUACUA